UGCCGUAUGAAUAUUAUUAAUCCGGCGUAUAUAUAUACAAUAUAUAUGUAUUUUUAGUACGUCAUUGUGACCUUGAUUGCUAAUCGGCUUUACUAUCUUGACUCGAUAUAAAUAACGUUGUUCUUCCUUUGCCUGUCUUGGCAUUGAUCAUACGUAGACUAGUAAACCCGGGGUCGGAUGACAACAAGAUUGAAACAAAUUGCAACACAUCUUUGCCACAAUAUGUCUGACAUCCAUCUAUACACCGCUCAAACACCUAACGGUGUUAAGGUAUCAAUCCUGUUGGAGGAGUUAGGGCUAUCUUACAAGGUCACCAAGAUCGAUAUUAGCUCGAAUGUCCAGAAGGAGCCCUGGUUCCUGGAGAUUAAUCCAAAUGGCCGUAUCCCAGCACUCACGGACACUUUCACCGAUGGCAAGCCUAUCAGGUUAUUUGAAAGUGGCUCUAUCAUGCAAUAUCUAACCGAUAGAUACGAUACGGAACAUAAGGUCUCGUAUCCAAAGGGAUCUAGAGAGUACUAUGAAGUGAAUAACUGGCUCAUGUGGCAAAUGGGAGGCCUUGGUCCAAUGCAAGGACAACUGAACCACUUCAACCGCUAUGCCCCGGAGAAAAUUGAAUACGGCAUCAACCGGUACAAGAACGAAACCCGCCGCCUCUAUCGGACACUCGAGACACAGCUGAAAUCGUCAACGUCCGGCUACUUGGUUGGUGACCGAUGCACGAGCGCGGACAUCUCGUGCUGGGGAUGGGUCGCAGCAGCAAAAUGGGCUGGGAUUGACAUGACUGAGUUUCCGGUAUUGCAAGAAUGGGUGGAGCGGAUGCUAAAGCGUCCAGGUGUCGAAAAGGGUCGCCAUGUGCCAUCUCAGCAUGUCUAUGAACAGCACAAGGCCAUCUCCAACGAGGAAAUGGAAAAACAGGCCGCUCCGUUGAGAGACUGGGUCCAGUCAUCAAUGAAGGAGGAAGCAAAGUAGCGGCUUACCUGAAUCUACAAGCUUGCUGCAUAAAGAGUGGCUAAGGGGAGUGUCCUUGAACUAUUUCGAUAGAUACUGUCAAUCUGAUAAAAAAAAAAAAAAGAAUAGUGGAUAUUACUACCUACGAUGGAUUGGUGUGAAGAUAGUUAUACCCAAAAUUUCUAAGUCCAAAAUUAUAUCAGUCCAUUUUGUAGCGCUUAAUACGAAAUAUGCGGAAGUUUGACUCUGUUUUCGGCACCGAAAGUAGAUGUUGGUUUAAGGCACAUGAUUAUACUUUAUAAAAAAUCAGCAUGUCAAAUAAAAUGAACCUUUUGAGUAGAAUGUCGUGUAAAGUACGCUCUUAGGGCGUCGUAAAUGCGUUAACGGUAGGACGUUACCGAAUAAAAGGGGUAA